AUGGUCGACCCCGUUGUUCGUCCGUUCGUCAUACGUUUAUUGAUCGCAUUUUUGUCCGGUUUGAUUGCGGCCACGUUGCUCGUAACAUUAAUGGUACGGCAAGGAAUCGCUCCUCCUGAGAUGCAACCUCCACCGGUACCGCUAGCUCGAAUAAGUGAAGGGUGCGAUGACUUUCCCGCACUAAAAAAUGAUAAUUUGCUCCGGGCUGCUAGGGGUGAACCUGUGGAUCGUGUACCGGUAUGGGUGAUGCGUCAGGCCGGACGCUAUCUGCCGGAAUUUCAGGAAGUACGGGCAAAACAUGACUUUUUCACCGUCUGUCGGACACCGGAACUUGCCUGUGAAGUGACAAUGCAGCCACUGCGACGGUUUGAUCUGGAUGCUUCGAUCAUCUUUUCCGACAUCCUUGUAAUCCCGCAGGCUUUGGGUAUUACGGUCGAGAUGAAACCAGGCGUUGGUCCCGUACUGCCAGAACCACUCGUCGGUCCAGCCGAUCUCGAACGUCUCAACCAGACCGGUACUAUUGAUCGGUUGAAAUAUGUGGGCGAAGCCAUCACCAUGAUGCGCCGUAUGCUCGAGGGCAAGGUACCGCUGUUCGGAUUUACCGGUGCACCCUGGACGCUGAUGGGUUACAUGAUUGAAGGAGGCGGUAGCAAAACCAUGUCGAAGGCAAAAGCAUGGCUAACAGACUAUCCAGAGGCGAGCCAGAAGCUGUUGGACAUUCUUACCGACCAGGUCGUCGAUUAUCUGGUCAUGCAGGUGAAGGCUGGUGCGCAGAUGCUGCAGGUAUUCGAGUCCAGUGCGGACCAUCUCAGCAAGGAACAGUUCCUCUCCGUUUCGUUACCCUGUCUGAAACGGAUCCGUGUCGAUUUGCUGCGAAAGCUAGCCGACGAAGGUGUUCCCGCUGUCCCGAUGGUACUUUUCGCGAAGGGAGCAAUGCAUUCGCUAGCCGAGCAAUCCCAAACCGGCUAUGAGGUGCUUGGGCUCGAUUGGACGAUCGAUCCAGAAGAGGCUCGCAAGCAGGUUGGACCGAAUGUCACACUGCAGGGAAACCUAGACCCACAGGAUAUGUACAAAUCGCCCGAAGAGUUGCGGGAGCUCGUUCUAACUAUGGUGCGGAAGUUUGGCAAGCAUCGCUACAUUGCUAACCUGGGACAUGGCAUUACACCGCAGACACCUAUCGAAAGCAUGACCGUGUUGGUGCAGGCAGUUCACGACGCCUUGUGA